ACUGUCGGCAGAGGAAGAAGGUUUCUAUCAAGUUUCCGUAGUGUAGUGGUUAUCACGUUCGCCUCACACGCGAAAGGUCCCCGGUUCGAAACCGGGCGGAAACAAGGCUGUGAAGCGACGCUGCCCCAGGUGGGUCCGGAGCCCGCGGCCCCGGAGGCGGACACACGCAUCGCGAGGGGGAGAACCGGGCUGUCCCCGGCUCUGCAAGGCGGCCCGACGCCCGCAGCCCCGGAAGCGCAUCCUCGCCUUGCCUUCCUGUUCCCGGCAGCGCCCAGCUCCGGGCGUCUCUUCGCUGGCCCACUGUCCGCGCCGGCCCUGCCCCAGCCGAGAGCACCUGCGCGGCAGGCCCGCAGCUGGCAGCCUCGCGCCCCUCACACGGCCGCGAGACUCGGUCCUGGAGGCUGGAAGUCCAAGAUCAAGGUGGUGGCAGGUUUGGUUUUCUUGCUAAAUCUUUCUAGGAGCAGUGAGGAAGACAGAAGAACCGCUUGGGCUGGUAAAGCCAUCUGCCAGGCACUACUGCCACCAUGCCCAAGAGAAAGGCAAAAGGAGAUGCUAAAGGUGACAAAGCAAAGGUGAAGGAAGAGCCACAGAGGAGAUCGGCACGGUUGUCUGCUAAACCUGCCCCUCCAAAACCAGAGCCCAGGGCAAAAAAGGCCCCUGCAAAGAAGGGAGAGAAGCUGGCCAAAGGGAGAAAGGGGAAAGCAGAAGGCAACAAAGAUGGGAACAACCCUGCAAAAAACCGAGAUGCCUCCACAGUCCAGUCACAGAAAGCAGAAGGCACUGGGGAUGCCAAGUGAAGUGUACUUUUUUGAUAGCUCUGUACUUCUAGUGACUCUACUGUUUGAAAUACUAUUUUUUUUAAAUCAAAUUUUGUAAAAACGUAGAUUUUUUUUUUUUAAGUUAUGUUGUUAGCACACAAGACGCUUUGUUGUUAUCUUUUGUGGAAAGGGCAAAAUAACCACUAGUAGAAUGUUUCAGAAGCUGGAUUGAAAUGGGGGAAAACAGAAUUUUCUAUCCUCAUAUUUGAAGAUUAUUCUUGGUUCCCAGGAGAGAUUCUCUGACAUUCACACAUGACAGCCACUAUGGCUCAGAAGCCUUACCGUGUGGGGAAGCAAAACUUCAUGUCUUCUCCUUUCCUGAUGCCAUCAACACAUCCUUGACUUUCUGAAACCAAGAGUCAUGAUGCGGCCUUGGCACCCCUAGAAUCAGCUGCGUCAGGUAACAAUACUCAGGAUUUCUGGUGAUGACAUCAAGAUGGUGUUGCUCAAAAGAGCCAGGAUUCCUGUUUGUAGUUUGUGGAUCAUCUCAUUAAUAACCCUGGAGUUUUUAGUUCCUUUCCUCCAUGUCAGAGGUGACCUGUGAAAAGCUCUUAUAUGCCUCAUGUGAAAUAUUCACCCUUUCUGAAAACUUUUCCUGUUCAUUGCAGCAACAGACUUUGUUGACUUUUUGGAGAUGGGAGUUUGAAAGUUGUAAGAUGUUAUGGAUUGUCACCCAUGUCCUGCUGGAAGUAACUAUUUUUGAAAAGUAUCUUAUAAAGCUGGAUACAAGUUGGCUUCAUGGGAGGGGAGGGAUCAUUUCCUACUCCAAGUCAUAAAGAUAUCCUUUACUGCCUUGUAAAAGUUUUAUAGUUUUGCUUUUCACAUUUGUCUUUAGUCUUCCCUGAACUGAUUUUUGCAAAAAUAUGAGAUAGUAAUUCAAAAUAAUAUUUUUCCAUAUGGUAAGUGGUUGUCUCAACCACUUGGUUGUCCCAACUUUUCUGAAAAGUUCUUCCUUUCCCCACUGAUCUGUAAUACUGGCUCUUUUCAUAAAUCAAGUUUCUUCUGCGGGGGGGUCUGUUGAUGGUUUCGAUUCUGACUCACUGGUCAAUUUGUCUAACCUUGUGGCAAUACUAUACAAUCCUGAGUACUACAACUUUAGAAAAAGGUCUUGAUAUCUCAGGACAAAUACCACCUCCACCUUUAACAUCACCACCAAACUUUUCUUCGUUGGAGUAUCUUGGCUAUAUUCUUAGCCAACUGCUUUUCCAUACAACUUCUAGAAUUAGAUUGACAAGUUCCAAAUCAAACUAACAAAAGGUGGAAUUUUUAUUGGAUUUGUAUUGAAUUUAUAGAUUAAUUAUAAUAUUGAGUCUUCCGAUCCGUGAACAUGGUGUAAUUCUCCAUUUAUUUAGGCUUUCUAAAUGUCUUUCAAUAAAGUUUUAUAAUUCUCCAUAAA